CUUGUAACGUUACGCGAUUUAAAUAUUAACCGUCAAUCAGUCUUUCAUCCGCCUUCGCCGUUUUUCAUUCGUUUUACACGCUUAACUGUCGGGAAGUAAACGCGUACAUGGAAAGUGAUUCUUUACCAUGUUCUUUACACAGAGAACAUUCGAAAGACACGACAAUAUCCGCUUGUGUUUGGAAACUGCGACGCUACGGUCGAUUUCUCCCCGAAGGUAACGUUAGUAACAUUAUCUGCGCGUGGAAGAUUUUCGAGUCCAGUGAAAGCGCCGGCCAGCUGGAGCUGAAUAUUCUGGGCUCUGGUCAUCUGCUGGGAUCUCAAGGCCAUGGACUCAUGGUAAGAUUAUAUGAAAACACACAGGAUCUGGCUAGUGACCAAUGAAAAAUUGUUUUUUUUUUUGGCUGUUUAUGAAAUGCCACUCUCUAAGCCUUUGCACUCUUCUUCCCAUCAGGCUUUAAGUGCAGGGUCAGGAUAGCGCAGGGUCCGCUGAGCCCAUCAUAAGAGCUUGACCGUAUUUCUUUUCACCCACAGAAAAAACAGCAUAAUCCCCUUUCUGUCCCACUGGGCCUGUCGCUGUCCCUUUGGGAUUGCCAGGUUGAGUGCUUCGGAUAUCUCCCAACAAUAAGCCUCAAUCUUGGACUCGUGGACACAAUAGUCCCUGGCUCCUCAUGGUGAGCCGGGGAGCUGCAUUUGGAGAAUGAGUCACAUUUCCAGCUUUCAUGCAGAACAACGGAGCCAAAUGAGGCAGCGUGCCCAUCCAGAGCAAAGCGUGGGGUGAUUUUGAGA